AUGCCACUCUCCUCAAAAAUAAUAUCUACCCCUCGGUCGCUGCGGCUGUGUCGAGGGGCUGGUGUGGUGAGCAAUCGUGCCAUUUGGCAGGCGAAAGAUAAUAAUAUUGUACUGUCAGCAGUGACACAGAAAAGAUGGCUUCAAACUUUUAAUAGUGUCGGAGGAUUUCAGUCAAAAAGUCCAUUAAGGUCGAGUCGUUGUAGUCUCGGGUGGCAGGAAGAUCACUUGGUGCAACCAACGACCGAAUCAGCGUCAAGGUCAAGCACAAGUCCAAUCCAGACUAUUUUACUAGGUAAAGGGAUUGGUAUUACUUUUACAUCGAAUUCAAAGUAUGGGAUGGGUAAUUUCAUAAGGACUGGUCUUGGCACAAGGAAUUUUCAUACAACUUUGGCAAAUAGAAAGGAGCCCUCGUCGUCUAAACCGGCAGAUAAAAGUGGCGAACAAGAUGGUUUGCAAAAUUCUCAAGAAAAUGAGAAAAAGAUCGAAGAAAAUAACCAUAACAUACGAAUGCCGGAUAUGGUCAGUAAGCACUGGGCUACGAAAGAAGAAUUGCUAGCAACUGCAUCAGGUUUGUUCGAGCGAGUCAGGAUCCGACUUAAAUGGACCCUAUUUAGACAAAUACGACCAUUUAAUACAGACGACAUCAGUGCAUUAUUUUCGUGGGUCUUAGUGGGUAAUAUCCUAUGGAUUUUGCUAGGUACCACGACGUUUUUCUCGCUGGUAUUGUUAACAAUGAACACAGUUAGUGCUCAAGACUACUUUGCUAGAUGGGUAGGUAAUGUUAUUACCAAGGAGACUGGAUUGACAGUGGUGUUUGAAAACGCCAUUGUCCCUCACUGGAAGGAUGGUGUGAUUUCAUUUAGAAAAGUAUUUGUGUCGAGACGUCCUGGUGUGCAUAAGAAAGUUCAAAAGGGAUCUCAAGCAGUGGCAGCAGCUGCUGCCAAAGCCAAUCAAGAAGCCACUAGUGGCUAUCCCACUGAACUAGCGACAACUGAUUCGACGUUAGAUGCAGCGGCUCCAGUUGAUGAGGGUAAUUACACCCAGUUCGAUUUGACGAUUGAUACAGUGUCGGUGACUUUGUCGCUGCGACGAUGGAUUGAUGGUAAAGGUAUUCUUAAAGACGUAGAAGUUCGAGGCUUGCGAGGAGUAGUUGAUAGAAGACAUGUCAAGUGGGAUCCUGAUAUGGAUCCGAAAAGCUAUAAAAACAAGUAUAAAAAGGGCGACUUUGAAUUGGAAAGUUUUAAAAUGGAAGAUGCUCUUGUGACUCUGUACCAGCCAGGCGGAGUACCACCAUUUGAAGUGAGUAUAUUCAACUGUGACUUGCCGCAAUUACGAAAACACUGGCUUUUUUACGAUAUUCUUUCAGCCAAUAACAUGUCUGGAUCGUAUGAUAACUCCCUAUUUACCAUUCAUCCACGACAAAUGAGAGCAUAUACAGAAGAUGAGGGGUCUGAGAGCCCCUGGAAAACAAUCAAUAGACUGAGAAUUGAUAACGUGAAUAUCAAACAUUUAAAUCGCGGUAUCAGCGGUCCUUUUGGCUGGAUUGAGAGCGGAACCGUAGACAUGCUCGCAGAUAUAAUGCUUCCCACCGAUGCUGAAGAGUUCAAGUUGUCUGAGCUGGUACAGGACAUUGUAGAAAGAUGGGAGGCCAAUGUCAACGCGCGUAAUCCAACUGCCGGUGGUGAAAUCGUGACGUCGGUUGAGGAAAAGUCGCGACAAAGACAGUUUCAUAAGUACGUCAUGAUUGACUUGAGAGUGCAAUUGAACAACACUCGGGCUGUGGUACCCAUGUUCACGUCGGAUCUGACGUAUAUUAAUAACGCAUUCAUCCGACCAAUUGUGGCAUAUAUCAAUUCCAGGGACACAUAUAUUCCGGUGAACUGCCGCAUUGUCAAGAAACUAGCCGAUUUCGAGGGCAGUUGGACAAUUUAUGACUCUGAACUGAUGGACGACAUCUCAGCCGAGGUGUACGAAGCAUUUGUGAAGAACAUUGCCGAUGACGAGGCCCGUGCCAGAAGAAUGCGCAAAGUCGGGUUUUGGUCGCUACAGUUUGCAACCCAGCUGUUGCUGCUCGGGCUCGGGAUUAUUGCUUAA